AUUUAAAUAUCUCGUUCUCCUUUUUGUAAAAGGAUUAAAAUCACCUCCCACCUUCCCACACAUACACAUACACACACAAAUAAACAAACAUCAAAUCACGUCAAUGAGUGGCUACGCAUCACACUAUUUAUCAAAAAUAUACAACGCAUUUACAUUAUCCUGGAGUGUCACGACCACACAACAAACACAAGAAAGUGACAUGCAAGGUAUUGAUGAAGAUUACUGCAUUGUCAAAUGUGCUUCACCUUCCUCUGUCCAAUCGACCUUGACGCUGAUAGAGGGUGUACCCAUCAAUUUCCAUCAUACGCAAGAUAUCCUGGACGAAUUCUAUCUGAUGCAUGACAAAUUGUAUCACACAUGUCAUCAAUUUGAUGCCUGUCGUGUGACAGAACAGUUCUCCAAUACACAUUUCAAGAUGGGAUCGGAGCUCAAGUUGCUGAUUCGGUUUAUGGCGAGACGCUAUGGGGACAACGGUUGGUUGACCUUGAUGGGUUUACUGAUGAUUGCUCGUCAGGUCUUGACGACACCAUCUCAGGUCAAGAAGGAACUGUUGCAUGUCACGAUGAUUGGGAGAGAGUUGGCGGUGGCGAUGCUGUGUGCGUUGUCUUGUAAGUCAACGGUGGUCAUCCAUACGCAUCUCAAAGUAGCCAUACUGGAGAUCCUUCAAUGUAGACAGUGGUUUCCUUCUUUGAGGGACACUUGUCUCGAGUUGAGUCAACAUGAUAAGGAUUGGGAGCUCCAUGCACACUAUCAUCAAGUGGUGUCUAUGGCAACCCAAUACGUGUCGCAAGGAGACCAAGUGUAAAAAAAAAAAAAUAAUGAAAAAUCAAAUAAAAAAAACCUCCCACAAACAAACAAA